UUGUACCGGUUCUUUGAAGAUUUACUAACCCCGACCCGAACCCGAUAGAACCCGAACCGGUCCCGAACCAAAUUUUCAUAUAAUCCGAAUGGGGCUGAUUUUGAUAAACCCGAAAAAUCGAAACCUGAUUGGAUUAAACCGAAAUCCGAUUGGGACCCCGAAUGCCCAUGCCUACCCACGUCUAAAUAUUGAUAUGAUAUUUACUUAUUCAAAUCUUAUAUAUAUAAAGGAGACUUGUGCUAUGCACACAGCCCUCCACGUCAUCAGGUAGAUAGGAGCAUUUCUCGCCACCUGUCCCAUAAAGUCGAAACAGGCCGUUUCAUUUAAACGCGUAUUGUUAUGGGCUUUUUCGCAUAAUGCGUGUUGGGCUAUGAAUUUUGCCCAUGUAUCCGGCCUGGGAAGAUGGUCUUCUCCUUCUAACCCUAAUUUCACAAUCGAGGAUUUGCAGGGUCUUUCCCUUCAUGCGGCGGCUUCCUUUCCCUGGCUAUUACGGUGGCUAUUAUCCUCAAGCGUAUCAGUAUUACCCCAGAUAUGGUUAUGACAUGAUGAACUAUGCUUCUGGAAAGACCACCAACACCACUCUUCAGUAUCCCUACCUGGGACGAUCUGACAGUAGCAUGUACUGUUUGUGAUCAAAUCGUAUAGCGAAAGAUUCAAAGGAAUACAACAAGAAAGAUUUUUUCUCUUAUACCUACACCAACACGAAGCUCUUUGUGAUCAAAUCGUAUAGCGAAGAUGAUAUUCACAAAGCAUCAAAUAUAACGUGUGGUCCAGUACCUCUAAUGGCAACAAGAAGCUUAACGCUGCGUAUAACGAAGCAGCUGGAGACAAGUCCUCCUGCCCUGUUUUUCUCAUCUUCUCUGUAAACACAAGUGGGCAGUUUGUUGGUUUAGCGGAGAUGGUAUGACCAGUUGAUUAGAACCAGAUGGCGGAGUGCUGGCAGCAGGACAAGUGGGUUGGUUGCUUCCCUGUUAAGUGUCACAUCGUUAAAGAUAUCCGAAUAGUUCCUUGAGGCAUAUUACGCUUGAGAAUAAUGAGAACAAGCCUGUUACUAAUAGCCGUGAUACACAGGAGGUAAAGAUAGAGCAAUGAGUCAAAGUAAUCAAAAUUUUUAAGGAAUAUGUGAGCAAGACAUGCAUACAAGACAUGCAUACUCAAUGAUUUUGUCUUCUAUGAGAAUUGUGAAAAUAUAAUCAAAGACGGGAAAAAGAAACACCAGCUGUAUAAAAGACAGCAAUCUUUUACUGCCAGUGACAAAAAGGCAACACCAAAAGACAAAUCUAAAAAAACCAGUGUGAUAGCAGAAGUGGCUGAAGAGAUAUCACAAAACGGUGUUGCAGAAGUUGCGAGCACAUGCUGAGUGCAGCAGCAAGCUGCUUACUUUACUUUGGAUGGUUUUUUUGUCCGUUUUCUCCACCAAAUUUGCUCACUCUUUUCUUAGGAGAUUGGUUUUCUUUUGGUAGUUGGUUUUUGAAGUUGUAGAAGAUAUAUGAGUAAAAAUGAUUUCGAAGGCUAUAUAUAUAUUUCUUUUUCUUAAAAGUUCAAUGCAAAAAUAUAUUUUCUGUAUGUUUUUGUAACUUCAUUCACAAAAUUUCAAUCAGAAAAUAAAGGGCAUUGUAAUUGAGAAAAGAAAGAAAACAAAUCAACCUUUGUGAGCUAUUUGAACAAAUAAAUGUUGGAAACCAACUCUUGGUUGUCUCUCCGCCACUGGUGUAUCCCAUGAGCUUCCUUAUAGUCUUCAGAAGCAGUCCGGUUUACAAUCAGCUUAGCAGAUGGGAUGAUGUGAACAGGCUCUUGCACAUCCACUGUAAAAUGCUUCAAAACAGUCAAAGAAAUAUGAUAUUAUACAUCAAUUCGCUGAAACAAAAUACGUUAAAGGUUCACAUAGUGCUUGACAGACAAGUUAUUUAUCAAACCACUAGAGCAUAAGAGACCAAAAAACUAACAACAUAGUUUUCCACUACAAAAAGGGUCACCCACAAUUGGCAAAGCCAAAUUAAUGACACUUUAAAAAACUUAAAAAACAACACUGUUAACGGGACUAUGAAAUACAGCCGAUCAAUACCCAAACUUAACCCAAUACUUAUAACCGAAACACUACCAAUCCCACACAUUUUAUAAACAGCAGCAGGUUCAUGGCUUUAGACUCCGGUAUUAACCUUACCAUAUCGUAAUUAACUUUUUUUUUUGUUAUCCUAGAGAGACCAUCUAUUAAGUUAUAUUUGGCAGACUACGUACGAUCUUGGUGGAUCUAUCUUUUGUAUCAUUUACAAAUAAAUGAUAGAAGUUUGUAUCAUUUAAUUUUGUGAUACAAUUUACAUUUUUUUUUUGUAAGAUCGAUUUGUUUUUUCUCUUUUUUUUUUGUUUUCAUUUGGUUGUUAAUGUGAGCUUUGUAGUUUUUUGGUGGGGGUAGUGUUCUCUAUCGAAAUCUUAUUUACAUGUUUGUGGAACUUUCCUGAAAUUUGACAUAUUUUGUUUACUAUUAAGACUAGAGAGAGUUACAUUGAGAGACACAUUGUGACUUUUGUUUUCCUUAAUAGACACAUUCUCUAGUUGGCACACAUUCUUUGGCCAACUGUAAUUUUUCGGACAAAAAUAACCCUCCUUUUGUCUAAAGAGAAGUGUGUUGCUUUUAAAGAAUCAAACUUAAAAUUCUUAAGUUUCCGUUCAGUUGCAAUAAAUGACAAAGGGGUUAAGUCAAAAAGUAGGUGUAUGGGAUAAAGUUAAUUGUUUUUAGUCGUUGGAUCUGUUUAAAAGCUAAAAGAUCUAACGGCAGCGAAUAUGUCAGUGCUACGAGGGUGUUUGGUAGAUGGUGCGAGAGAAGGUAAGCAGAUUUCGCUAUAACUCUAUAACGUUACAAACUUCGUAUUCUUUUAUACAACUUUCUGUGGAUACAAUUUAUAUGGACAUGAAAAUGUUACAAAAUUUUAUGUGGGCAAAUUCUGUGUACACAAUUUGGUGGGCAAGGCUGUUACUUUGACUUGGAUGGGAUUGGCGUGGAUGCAUGUGAAGCCGUUGUGUGCGUAUUGAAUCAGUGGUUAGGUUUGUAGUGGACACGCAGCUGUGGACAUGAGAUGAAGGUAGGCAUGAAUAUGUAAUAUGUUAGUUAAAUACCAAAAGAGCCACACAUACUCAGUUCGUGGAAUUAAAGUACAUGAAUAGACAUAAGCCUAACGGCACAUUAAGAGCAAAACAAAAGGUGUCCAUUAGGUGUAUCAUGUGUGGCGACAUGAGGCGGGUUGCUAAGGUUGUUGUGGUUUGGGUGAGUUGUGGUCGGGUAAGUCAUGGUUAGGCGUCAGCUGUUUGGCAGCUUUAUGGUCAGAGGGACGGGCGAUGUGUGGUCAGGAGUGGAGUGGUUGCGAAGUGUGUGUUCGGGCGAUGUGUGGACGGGGAUUGUGUGGUUGUGCGACGAGCAGUGGUCAGACAAGUUGUGAAGUGGUGAGGAAUCAAGGAUAGGUGGCAAGUGAAUGUCGGAGUUGAAGAAUAAAGGAUAAAACUUUUCUACAGAUUUAAACAGAAGAACAUAGAGUUGAGGUUUAUAUCGAGAACUCAGACAAAACUAAACCACCACUUCCUCCUCCUCAUGUCCUCCACCUCUGUAUCCAAAUCCACCACCAUAGCAUCCACCAUCACAGCAUCCACAACCACCUCCUCCUCUUCACGUCUUCUACUUCCGUAUCUACAUCUGCCACCACGGCAUCUACCAUCGCGGCAUCCACCACCACAAUCAGACAAGAAACUAACUUUUCAUAUAUGAAUCUAUUAGAUAUAUCUAUGAAAUUAGGAACAGAGAAACACGAUUGAGAAUGGAUUGGAGUUUAUGGAUUCAUGGUGUGACUCACCAAUGGUCGAGGAUGAAGAGCUGGAGAGGCUAAUCCGGCGGAGCAGUCUCAGAUCGAGUGAAAGCUAGAGGUGGAGACAUAGUACGAAACGUAAAUCACCUUCCAUGAAGAAACGUAAAUCACCUUCCAUGAAGAAACAACGGCGGCGGAGACAUAGUACGAAACGUAAAUCACCUUCCAUGGCGGGUUUUUCUCAAUCGACGGUGGUUGGCCUUGGUUGAUGACGAAAUCGACUAUCGCCGGAGAGGAUCUGAUUUUUAGAAAGUUGAUUAGGGUUUCUGAAGUUUGAGUUUUUAGAUCUACAAGAAGUCGAGAGAAAGAUAAACUUUGUCUCUUGGAAUCUACAAAAUGAGAGUGAAAAAUCUAUUAUUUGUUUUAUUGUUACUAGUUAGGAAAACCAAGAACCAGUUAUUCUGCUUAGAGAAUUCAUGAAACCCAUUUUCACUAAGAGUUGAGGGUUAAGCUAGACAUUGCACUAAGAGAAAGUGUCCACUAUAACUAAAGUGGCUUAAAGUGUAAUUCAUAAGAUGAAUUGUGUCUGUGGGCGUAAAUCUUUCUUAAGACUAUAGAAUGAAUUGUAAAUUUAUUUAAGAAAAAAAAUAAUCGAAUCCGGCGCUACGCGCCGGAAUACCACUGGUAUCAAAUAAUUUUCCUCCCACAUUUUAAUAUCCAAAACGCAUUUGACCAAGUUCACAACGCAUUUGACGACGUCUCAAGAAUUUUUCUGACGGGCAAUCGCGUGAGACCUGAAAGUUUAUAAAUAGCGAUUUCUUCUCCCUGAUUCGACCAAUGACUUCCCCAGAUAGGAAAGGUAAGGCGACGACAGAGCAAUCCUCCCCACUUCCUUCGCUUCCAGAUGAUUUGCUGUUGACCUGCUUCGCACGCGUCUCCACAUUGCACUACCCAACACUCACCCUCGUCUCCAAAAGAUUUCAAUCACUCAUCGCCUCACCGGAGCUAUACAGGAUCCGAUCCACAUUAGGCCGCACCCAGAGUUGUCUCUAUGUGUGCUUUGGGUCCGAUCAUGACCGUAACCCUCGCUGGUUCACUCUCUGCCUGAAACCUGACCGAAACGUGACUAACGGGUCAAGUGGGAAUGUUUUGGUUCCUACCUCAGUUCCCCAUUCUGCUCCAGCGCACUGGUCUGGUCUUAUUGGAGGACCUUCCAAUGAUAUCUACAACAUUGGCGGCCCCCUUGAGGAUGCUCCAUCCUCAAGCGAGCCGGGAAACAUGUGGGUGGACCCAAUGGUCGAUGUCCUUGAUAGAAAGAUAUACGUAACAAGAGGCUGCAAUCCAAACACUCGAACUUGGGACCCUGAGUUCUCGACCCCUCCGGUCUCGACCCCUCCCGCUUUUGUAAGCUUAGUGGUUAGAAAAAAAGUUUACAUGUUUGGAUCCUCUGGUGAUUCGGCUUACAAACCCAAAGACGGUCAAUGGGAAAGGUUUUGGGGUUGGAAACCGAGUUUGGGAUGGUUUUCUUGUUGCGUGGUUGAAAAGGUACUGUACCGUUAUCGUUCUGGAGAGUUCAAAUGGUAUGACACCAAGGCAGGGCACUGGAGGAAGUUAAAGGGUUUGAAAGGACUGCCUAAGUUUGUCAGCUAUGGUUUUCAGUUGGUUGAUUAUGGUGGAAAGUUGGCGGUUGUGUGGGCCGAGCUUGUGCCUAACGGUGGCGAUAAGAAAAAGGUUGUUUGGUGUGCGGUAAUUACUCUUGAGAGGCCUAACAGUGGCGAUGAGAUUUGGGGGGAGAUCGAGUGGUGUGACGUGGUGUGUACAGUCCCCAAGUCGUAUCAAUUGGAGUAUGCUCUUGAUGCUACUCUCUGAUCAAUCACAUAUCAUAACAGGUGACUCUUCUAUUUUUUAUUAUUUACUAAUUGUGGAUUCUCCUGCAAUUAAUUCAUUUAACUUGUAUCUUUCAUAAAAAAGAAGAACCAAAACAAGAUAUUCAUUUGAUUCAAGAGUGUUUUCGCUUGAACUGUACAACCAGAGCCGGUCCUAGUUAUUAUUGGGCUAGAAUCAAAUCUGAAAAACAUGGCCUAUUUAUAUUCACUUUCUAUAAAAAGUGAAUUUUUUUUUUUAAAAUUGAUAUAUGAUGAGUGGAACUCUCCACCUCCUCUGCAUUAAUACUCUGCUUUACCGCUUGAGCUAUUGAAGAAUAUAUGUAUUUAUGUGGCCGAUAUAAUUGAUAAUUUAGUAGAGGCCGGAAGAGCUUCUUCCACUUCUGUCCAGGGCCGCCUCUGUGUACAACAAAUAAUUGUCUCUCUGUUUC